UUAACUACUGCUACUAAUGUUAGAAGGAGACUGAGUUACAGUUUUGUUUCAAUUAACCACACGUGGACUUUGAAAUCUGGAACUGAAAAACAUCAACAACAAAACCAAAACACCAAACACAAAAAAACUCUUCAAAACCCAAAUGAGAAUCAAAACAGUUAAAUCAUCAAAUUGGAGCUUAAGAACAAACAAACUCACUUUCCCUUACGUAUUUCUCAUAUGCAUCUUCUUCUUCCUCGCUGGUUUCUUUGGUUCAACUCUCUUUUCUCAUUCUCAGGAUGGAGAUGGAUAUGGAUUGAGACCGAGACCGAGGCUGCUUGAUUCGACGAAGGAGACAGAAUAUAAUUUGAUGACUGCUGGGGAGUUUGGUGAUGAUUCCAUUACAUCAAUUCCUUUUCAGGUUUUGAGCUGGAAGCCACGAGCUCUGUAUUUUCCUAAUUUUGCAACUGCUGAACAAUGUGAAAACAUAGUUUCUGUGGCAAAGGCCGGACUCAAACCAUCAUCAUUGGCUUUGCGUAAGGGAGAAACUACGGAGAAUACCAAGGGAAUUAGAACAAGCUCUGGUGUGUUUCUUAGUGCUUCUAGGGAUAAAACAAAGACUUUAGAGGCCAUUGAGGAGAAAAUUGCGAGAGCAACAAUGAUUCCUAGGAGUCAUGGAGAGGCCUUUAAUAUCCUACGCUAUGAGGUUGGUCAAAGAUAUAAUUCACAUUAUGAUGCAUUCAAUCCUGACGAAUAUGGGCCACAAAAGAGCCAAAGGGUGGCUUCAUUUUUGCUGUAUUUAACUGAUGUUGAGGAAGGUGGCGAGACUAUGUUUCCAUUUGAGAAUGGCUUGAACAUGGAUGGUACCUAUGGGUACGAAGACUGCGUUGGUUUAAGAGUAAAGCCAAGACAGGGGGAUGGACUUCUAUUUUAUUCACUGCUCCCCAACGGGACAAUCGAUCAGACAUCACUGCAUGGGAGCUGCCCUGUGAUAAAAGGGGAGAAGUGGGUGGCAACGAAGUGGAUAAGGAAUCUAGAUCAAGAAGAUGAUGAUUAGAUAAUUGGCCCCUGCAAUUCAGAUUCCGUCGUAUACAGGGUUAUUAUCUUCCCAUGUAUAAUUUAUGGUCAGAUCAGAUGAAUAAUCAAGGGAAAUUUUGAUCAAAUCAGAUGUGUUCAAAAUGUAUAACAAGAGUGUAAAUUUUUGUUAUAUGCAUGUACUAAUGGGUCAUGAUUAAAUUGAGCGGACCCAUUGGUCUGCGCUUUUCGACAGAAGUUUAAAAUGAAAGUUUUAUCUUAGGAUUUGUGUAUUCAAUACAUUGAAACAUCGAAAAAUAACUUUUUUUUUUUACAUGAAAGUUAUCAAUUUGUUUACAUUUUUAA